AUGCUGUCCCACAACGGCACGAGCUCGCAUCCACAACCGCACCCGCAGCCGCAAUCGCAGCCGCUUCACCAGCAGCAGCCGCAGCAGCAGCAGCUUCCGCGACCGCACUCGACUCCAGUCAAGCGAAGGAGGCGAACCGGUCACGGCCCUGAUGCGCGGUCCUGUCCUCACUGUGGACGAACGUUCAAGCGCACCGAGCACUUGGAGCGCCAUCGGAUCGCUUUCCAUGAGGAUGGAUCUGAGUCUCCGGGGGUCCCAUCGGAGCCGGACUCGGGGGAAACCCAUGGGCCUGUUGAGGCUGAUCUGGCUGCUGCCGUCUCCCUCUCGGGGAUGAGCGUGGACCACUGGGCACAACAGCAACAACCACCUGCACCGCCGUCAGAGCUGUAUCCCAUGGCCGUCCCACGGAACGGCGCUCUCGUAGAUGCCUCAUAUCAGCAGGCUCUGCUUGGAGAUCAAUUCUAUGAAAAUGGCAAUCAAGAUGCUGUGGGAUUUGACGCCCACUUCAGAGAGUUUGCCAACUUUCUCGACGGUGUUGGGCUGCCAGCGGAAUGGAGCCCCUACUUUCACGGCCCUGACAGAGAUCACGAGGUUACCGACACAACGGUGAAAAUGUCCAGAGAAGGGACAACUACGCCGGGGGCCCGUAAUAAUAGAACUCGACCGGGGACGCCUUUUAACACAAACCCGCGGUCUGUUGACAUUGAUUCGCAACCGUACCGUAUAUCAGACGAGCAGCGGCAUCGUCUGAACAACUCCAUUGAAACAUUUCGAGACAUUCUCGAUCCAGAUUUCAAGUUCCCAUCACGGCACGCCUUAUCGCGCUAUCUAACCUCAUUCUUCGAGGGAUUCCACUCGCACAUGCCAUUCAUACAUACGCCAACAUGGCGAGUCCCUGAACACUCCAUUGAACUCAUUCUCGGCCUCGCUGCAGUCGGCGCCCAGUAUUGCUUCGAGCAUCGCAUGUCCGAGAGACUUUUUCAUGCGGGCAAGACUAUUCUCAUGGAGAGAUUGAUGCACGAGUCUGAAACAUUUGGUCCGAAUACCAGUUCAUCUCUGAAUUUUCACAACCUGACGCCACAACGCCGCGCCUCGCAAGGUUUCCGGGAGAGGGACUGGGGUUCUUGGGAACCAAUAGAGACAGUUCGAGCCCUGAUUGCCCUCAUGGGUUACGCCACUUGGGAGCCCAAAGUGUCACUCGUGCAAGAAGCGUUUGCUUUACAGGCACUUCUGGCACAGAUCCUUCGAGAAGUUGGUCUUUAUGAAGAGGAUGUCCCUCAACUUCCUGCCGAUCAGGCCACCCCGCAAGCCGCCUGGCAAGCAUGGGUGCGACAGGAGUCUACGCGCCGAGCCAAGCUCAUUGCCUUUUCCUUCAUGCACACUCACAGCAUCGCAUAUAACGUGUAUCCUGUGCUACGCAGCAACGAGGUUGGUCUUCGACUCCCUUGCUCGACUGGAGAGUGGAAAGCGCAGUCGGCGUGCCAGUGGCAGACCGCUCGCCAGGAAACUGAGAAGCAACAACUGUACUUUCAAGACGCUUUGUCAUUGCUAUUGAGGAACACAGACGGGACCGCUCCCGUUGACCCUAUUCCAACACCACUGGGUAACUACAUCCUCUUGCAUGGGCUCCUCCAGAGGAUUUUCAUUGUCCGCGACUUGUCUUUACCAGUCAUGGAUCAGUCAGCGUCUCUUCCCAGUGAAGAGGUUGACAAGCUUGAACGAGGCCUGCGUUCCUGGACCGCAGGGUGGCAGCAAGCUCCCGAAUCCAGUCUUGACCCCAACAACGAGAAUGGACCUAUCCCCUUCACAUCCAGCUCUUUGCUCGGCCUCGCCUAUGUGCGCAUCUACCUUCACCUUGGUCCGUACCGGCUUCUUGAAUCUCGAGACCCUAUGCGUAUCGCCAAGGCCAUCAACCGGUCUCCGGCCGUGGAGCGAAGUGGUGGUGUCAUCACCGCGCUGCUGUACACUGCUCAUAUGCUCAGUAUCCCUGUACGACUUGGCGUUGACCGUGUCGCGCGUAGCCAGGCGUUCUUCUGGAGCGUUCGUCACUCACUUUCGGGGCUAGAGUGUGCGGUUCUGCUCAGUAAAUGGCUCUCAUCACUCACUGAAUCCGUCGCGACAACGCCUCUUAGUGACAGCGAGGAUCGCAUCUUGCACUGGGUUCGAUGCAUUGUGGAAGAGGCGUACGAUGUCGUCGAUUUCGAAGACGAUGAGCCCGAAACGUCAACGGAUCGAGAUCCCGCCUCACUGAGCCUUGCGGUUUUGAGAAUAUGGGCACACUUUUUCAAAAGCAACACGCAAUGGCCUUUCAUCAAUAUCAUCGGAAAGAGCUUGGAGAAGUACCGUGAGUUGCUUAUGCGCAGCAGAAAGCAGCUGGUCACUUGA